AUGCCAAACUCAGCCAGCCGCCAGGCCUUGGCACUGCCCGAGAUCCUGACACCGAUCCUUGCCCUUGUGGACGACGACGACGACGGCUGCGGCACACUCGCAGCAGCAGCUCGAGUGAACACAGUGUGGUUCGGCUGUGCCACUGGACUUUUGUGGAAGAAAAUCAGCGGCGCUGCCCUUGGCUGUGUCCCUGCUCAACGGAGACAAGUGUACGCUUCCAAGAUUGAAGCUAUAGUCUUUACGGCCGAGGAUGGAGACCUGCACGAGCCAUUUAGAGAGCUAGAGUUUGCUCUCCUGAGGGAGCUCACACUGCACACAUAUCAUCCAGAGCCAAGAAAGGCAGCAUUGUACCAUCUCCGCCAGUAUCUUCGUCCAAGACUAGACAAAUUUUACUUCUUCGGCGGCGAGUUGGAUCAAGAAUUCAUGUCAUACGUGCAGAAUACUUGCCGAGACCUUACAAGAUUAUGGAUCGACCUGCCCGGGCGCAAGGUUACAGUGGAUUCAUUCUUCGACUUUGUUUCCGGAUUCAAGUUCCUCGAAGAAAUUCAUCUCAAGCGUGGAGUUGAUCAUUUACUUUCGGAUAAACUUCUCUACCACCUUGCGCGUUUACCGAACCUUCGAGAACUGGACAUCGGCCACUAUCUCUCCCCAAGGUUUCUCUCUCACAUUUCACAGAAAAUACCCGGCGCCUUUCCGGCUCUUGAAAGUCUCGGGGCCACAAUAGAUUCAGACUGUGUGCCUGCAAUCACCUAUACACUAAAGCAUGUUACCAGUCUUGAUCUCACGAUCCUUGACGCUGAACUCGACGCCUUGGCGAUCCUCGGGUCGACUCUAAGGCUACAGCAAAUCAAGAUUCUAUAUGAUUGCAGUAUCCAAUUCACCGCAAGCCAAUUACUAGCCCUCAAGCCUCUCCAAAACCUGGAAAAUCUCACUAUUCGGUCGACUCCCGGCGCAAUCGAGGUCUCUCAUCCCUCCGGCACUCUUUUCUGCGAUGAAGACUUCCAGGAGCUUGUAUCUGGGAUGCCAAAUUUGCGUUCUCUCGAACUAGAAUGUAUUGCCGACUUAGAGAUUGGAUCCCUCAAUUCACUCUCUGUCAGUUGCCCGAUGCUGGAAGAACUCGAACUGUUGUCGCCUUUCGAUCUGCAGUCGUUCUUGACAAAGGCAGGGGACGAGCCUAUCUUCCCUCAUCUCAGGAGAUUAGAGAUAAGCGGCAUCCCUGACCGAAUCUUCAAGUCAAUGGAUGAUUUAGUUAUGACAGCAACAAAUCUGUUUACACAAAUGGAACACCACUUUCCCGAACUAGAGACUUUAUAUCUAGGAAGAGACGAUCCAUUGGCGGAAAUUAUAACGGCAAUGUUUUACGAGUCGGAUGACGACGACGAUGAUGAUGAUGAUGAGUCUGAAGCUGGGGAAGAUGAUAUACCAGAGAAAGGGACAUUUGAAGUAGUGACACGCGGCAAGUAG